AUGCCACCCGAAAUCAACGACACCUCCACCUCCUCCGAUCCGCCCGUGCGCCUUUCUCUCCCACUUGAAUUCCAGCAAGACAUCUUCCACGACCUCCGCGCCGAAGACCAACUGCUCAUUCUCGCCCGCGGCCUUGGUCUUCUCCGCCUCGUGUCAAACCUCCUACACUCCUAUGACGCAGCGGGUCACAACCUGGUCAUCUUGGUAGGUGCCGACGAACGCGAGAAUGACUGGAUUGGCGAAGCGCUCGCGGAACAUGCGGCCAUCAGUGGCUCGCCAAAGUGCAGAGGAAUGCAGCUCGUCAAUACCGACAUGACCAACGUCGGGACACGCGAGAAGAUGUACAAGAGAGGAGGUAUUUGCAGUAUUACCAGUCGGAUCUUGAUUGUGGACUUUCUCAGCGGGCUACUGGAUCCCGCGACCGUGACAGGUCUGGUGGUCUUGCAUGCGGACCGCAUCUCGGCGACGAGCUUGGAGGCCUUCAUUGUAAGAAUAUUUCGGCAGAAGAACAAGAAUGGCUUCCUCAAAGCAUUCUCGGAUCAACCAGAGCCGUUUAGCGGGGGAUACCAGCCUCUCUCGGCGAUCAUGCGGAACCUCUUCCUCAGGAAACCAGUGCUUUAUCCGCGGUUCCACGUCACGGUUGCAAAGAGCUUGGAGGGGAAGAGGAAGGCGGAAGUCAUUGAGCUGGAGGUACCCAUGACCGAAGCUAUGCGGGAUAUACAGAACGCAGUAAUGGAAUGUGUGGAAGCUUCUAUAUCCGAAUUGAAGAAGGCUAAUUCUGGACUGGAAAUGGAUGACUGGAAUCUCGAUAGUGCUUUACAUCGUAACUUUGAUGCGAUCGUAAGGAGACAGCUGGAUCCGGUAUGGCACCGUACAAGCUUCAGGACGAGACAGAUUGUGCGGGACCUCUCGAUGCUCCGGACCAUCCUCCACAACCUCCUCACUUUUAAUGCUGUGGACUUCAACAAGUACCUCGACACUGUGCUUGCGGCAUCACAGCCACCGCCGGGUUCGAAUCGAAAUAAUCAGUCGCCUUGGCUCUUCCUCGAUGCUGCUCAGACGCUGUUUCAGUCAGCCAAGCGCAGAGUGUACACCGGCAAAAUUGCUCCGGAGAACGCAUCCACGGAAGCUGAUGGACUCAAUGCUGUCUUAGAGGAGCUGCCGAAGUGGUCCCUGCUCGCGGAAAUCUUAGAAGAGAUUGAACGAGAUGUUUACUUCAACCCACAGCCGGGCGACGAGUCUAGCGGCGCAAUCUUGAUUAUGUGCGGCGACCAGGGCACCUGCAGGCAGCUUCGAGAAUAUCUACAGACCAUGCACAAAGAAGAAGACCGCAUGGAGGAAGACGAUGCAGACGAUGAGAUUGGGGAGCACCAGCCCAGCGCGAAGCUGCUUAUGCGGCGGAAACUGCGUAGCUAUCUGUACUGGAAAAGAGACUUUGCUCAAGUGAGCAGCAACCUCUUCUCGGCGAACGAGAAAGAGAUCGAGGGCAAGACCAAAGUCCACGCCGCUCCGUCAAUACGCGGUGGGAGAGCUCCUCCCAACAAGCGAAGACGAGUGCGUGGAGGUGGAGCGACAGGUUCCGGGCCUUCAAGGACAGCGAGCGGCGCAGUCAAUGUCGCAGGCGACAGAGACGAUCACAUAAAAUCAUUAAUGCAAGACCUCGCGCAGAACGACACCAUGGACGAGACUGCAGCAGCGAAAGUCGACCUUGGUGCGGACCCGCUGGAAAACAUGGACGACUAUUACGACCUUUACGACAUGAAAGACCUUGUACUAGUACAUCCUUAUGAUGGUGACAUGGACGAUCACCUGCUUGAAGAGAUCAAGCCCAGAUAUGUAAUAAUGUAUGAACCGGAUGCGGCGUUCAUUCGGCGAAUCGAAGUAUACCGGAGUAGCCACGGCAAUCGACAGGUUCGAGUGUACUUUAUGUAUUAUGGAGGGAGUGUGGAGGAGCAACGAUACCUAUCCGCGGUGCGGAGGGAGAAGGACGCAUUCACCAAGUUGAUCCGCGAGCGCGGAAACAUGGCAUUGACAUUUACCCACGACACCGAUAAUAUGGACCCGCAAGAGAGCUUCUUGCGUACCGUCAACACUCGUAUCGCGGGUGGUGGCCGUCUGGCCGCCACAGCUGAGCCACCUCGGGUCGUGGUGGAUGUUCGAGAAUUUCGCAGCAGUCUUCCUUCUCUACUACAUGGUCGCAGUAUGGUCGUCGUACCUUGCAUGCUGACGGUUGGCGACUACGUUCUCACACCUGAUAUCUGCAUCGAGCGAAAGUCAGUUCGAGAUCUGAUAUCCUCCUUUUCAGACGGCCGCCUCUACAACCAAGCGGAGACAAUGCUGCAACACUACAAAUCACCAAUGCUGCUCAUCGAAUUCGACGCCCAGAAGGCCUUCACUCUGGAGCCCUUCGCCGACCUCUCCGCGACCAUUGGCAAAGCAGAUCAAGUUGGCUCAGACCUGCAAUCCAAGCUCGUCCUCCUCACCCUCGCCUUCCCCAAACUCCGCAUCAUCUGGUCCAGCUCGCCCUAUCAGACUGCCGAGAUCUUCGAAGAGCUCAAGAAGUCACAAGAGGAGCCUGAUCCCAUCAAAGCGGUGCAACUCGGCCUUGAGGGCGGAGAAGAUCCGGAAACGAGAACCUUCAACCAGACGCCGCAGGAUAUGCUGAGAUGCGUUCCGGGCGUGAAUGGAAAGGUUCUGAACAAGUUGAUUUUGGAGUUUGAGAAUGUGCAGGAUGUUGCGGAUGCGGAGGAGAGGGUGCUUGCGGAGAUGAUUGGAAAGGAGGCUGCAAGGCAGAUUCGGAUGUUCUUCGACAAGAAGGUCUGGGGCGAGGAGGGCGAUGACUGA